AUGGCGACGGCCACCCCAGACGCAACUGGUGCAGGCGGCGGGGGCGUUGCCUGUGCGGAGACUUCCCACUCGCACCGGCUCGCCCGCGAGUACGGCGAGCUCGAGGUAGUGGGCAAGGGCGCGUACGGGCGUGUCUUUCUCGCUCACCACGCCGAGUUUGGCGAGGUCGUCGUCAAGCAAGUCGAUGUCGCCAUGCUCAGCGCCGACGAGCGCGAGGAGGCACUGCGCGAGGCCCGGGUCAUGGCAUCGAUCAAGCACUACAACAUCAUCGGGUACAAAGAGUCGUGGAUGGAGGACGGGUAUCUGUACAUUGCGAUGGAGUAUGCUCCCGGCGGCGAUUUGUUUGCAGCGCUCCAUGCCCGGCUGGCGGCGCUGGCGGCGACUGGCGAGGGCAACACCGGUGACACCGAGGCUGACCAGCCGCCAUUUGACGAUGACGAGCUGUGGGCGCUUGCCAUUCAGCUCUGCCAGGGUCUCGGCUAUCUGCAUGAGCGCAGAAUUCUGCAUCGUGACAUCAAGCCGCAGAACGUGCUCCUCGACUCAGACAGCAACGUCAAGAUCGGCGACCUGGGCCUUGCUCGGCAGCUCGGCUCGCAGUCGAUGGCAACGUCUUCGGUCGGCACGCCGCUCUACUUUUCACCGGAGCUCUGCCUCGAUGCCGCGUACGACGACAAGUCGGAUGUUUGGGCGCUUGGCUGCCUGCUGUACGAGCUGGCGACGGGCGAGCCGCCGUUUGUGGCGUCGAACCAGAUCGCGCUGGCGCAGGCGAUCGUGCACGACGAGCCGGCGCCGCUGCCGCACGCCUUCUCGCCCGAGCUCCGCUGGCUUAUUUCGCUCAUGCUGACCAAAGACCCCAGUGAGCGGCCGUCGAUUGCGACGCUACUCGACACACCUGCAGUCCGCGUCCGGAUCGACAAGGCACUGCUAUACCAUCAGGUGCUGCGACUUCAGGCGCGGUUAGCGGCGACCGAGGCCGAUUUGGCCACGGCUCGAGCGGCGGCGGCAACGGCGCACGCGGCAGCGGCAGCGGCGGCGGCGCCGGUGGCCAAGAGCCCGCCUCGAGUCCACCGCGAGUUGCUUUCCCCCGUGCGGACCCCGCUAGCGCCGCGGCAGGGCAGCGAGCCACCACCGGCGUCGACAAGCAAGACGCCGCGGAUUCGCAGUGGGCAUGAAAACGCAGCGACGCCACCAUCCCGGCUUGUCUUUGCCACGCCGAGCAAAAAGGGCGCAUCGUCGCCUCUGGCGAGCCUGGCCACCAAGGUCGACGCGAGCGUCUUGUUUGGCCCAGAGCUGGAAGUUGGGGCCAAGCGCGGGCGCGAGCUGGUGGCCCUCUUUGCGUGGGAGCGAUGGUCGGCGUCAACGCCACCAGGGACAGGCAUGGCGCUGCUCACGGGCUCGGCCUCGCUUGACUCGGCGCGCAAUGUGGCGCGAAGCGCGGUGUGGCAGGGCCGGGCCAAGCAGAGCCUCUCGCACGCUGUGGCCCACCCGAUGAUUGUCUUUGCGCCACGCAGCGGAAGCUGCCGAGCGGGCAGCCACCCCGAAGUGCGGCACUUGCGAACACGACGGCGCGGGGCGCGCGCCUUUGAAGAGCUCGUCCCGCAGCCGGGCCUCGCAGUGGCGACGCAGAUCGGCGAGUCUGAGUUUUGGCUGCUCAAUCUGACGUCGUCUGCACCGGUCUCCGAGUUUAUUCUCGAGUUUGUGGACAACAACCCACUGGACGUGCUGCUUGUCCUCAAGCGCAACGAGGCGUUUCUGGAAGCUGUUUUUGCAGCGACGGCCCGAGUUUAG